AUGAGGGGACAGAACGGCAGCACGGUCAGCGCGUUCGUCCUGCUGGGCUUCCCCACGGCCCCUGGGCUGCAGCCUGUGCUGUUCCUCCUCUUCCUGCUCACCUACCUCUUCGUCCUGGCGGAGAACCUGGCCGUCCUGCUCGCCGUCCGGAGCAGCUCCUCCCUGCACAGGCCCAUGUACUACUUCCUGGGCGCCCUGUCCGCCCUGGAGAUCUGCUACGUGUCUGCCAUCGUCCCCAAGAUGCUGGACGGUCUCCUCCUGCAGCGGAAGCGCAUCUCCUUUGUCGGAUGCAUGACCCAGCUCUAUUUCUUCAGCUCCUUGGUAUGCACCGAGUGCGUGCUCCUGGCCUCCAUGGCCUAUGACCGCCACGUGGCCAUCUGCCACCCCCUGCGCUACCACGCCAUCAUGACCACGGGGCUCUGCGUCCGGCUGGUGGCCUUCUCCUUCGCGUGCGGCUUCUCCGUCUCCGUGAUCAAGGUGUACUUUAUCUCCAGCGCCACGUUCUGUGGCUCCAACGUCCUGAACCACUUCUUCUGUGACAUCUCCCCCAUCCUCAAACUGGCCUGCACAGACUUCUCGACCGCAGAGCUGGUGGACUUCGUCGUGGCCUUUGUCAUCCUGGUGCUGCCGCUCGUGGCCACCGUGCUGUCGUACGGGCACAUCGCCCUGGCCGUCCUGCGCAUCCCCUCGGCCACUGGCCGCUGGAGGGCCUUCUCCACCUGUGCGUCCCACCUCACCGUGGUCACCAUCUUCUAUACGGCCUUGCUUUUCAUGUACGUCCGGCCCCAGGCCAUUGACUCCCGGAGCUCCAACAAGCUCGUCUCUGCUGUGUACACGGUCCUCACCCCAAUAAUCAACCCCUUGAUCUACUGCCUGAGGAACAAAGAAUUUAAGGCUGCCUUGAAAAAGGUCUUGGGCUAGGUCGAUUUUCACGGUAGGACAAUCCGAUGUCCUAAAGUCUCAUGCCUAGUGAUAACAAAAUGCUAUCUCAUGUCGCACUUUAUGCUUUCGACAGUCAAUUUGCAAGUGAAAUUUAGCAAACUGCAGAACC